AUGAGAACUGCGAGGAUAUCCUUACGCUUUAGGGUAUGGCGGAAAGUACGAAGCUACUCCGUGGAUGAGAAGCCCAGGAUAAAUCCUGUAGGUGUGCAACAUUUAAGCGAGCAUUUACAUGCGCAGGUCUUUGGUUCAAUCAAGGAAGAGAAUGCAAAAACUGAUGAGGCGCUUAUUCGUUUGUCCCGCCAGUUUUUAAAAAAACAUGGCCUUUUAGGUAAGAAAACCGUAGUGUCAAAGCCUAUUUCAUUUGACUUGCCUGCGCUACAGGGCAAAUCUUUAGAUGAGCAUUUUCAGAGGUUAGGACAGUAUGCAUCACAGCCAUAUUUGAAUAAGGCCCGCAACAAAUUUACUCAACUCCCCCCAAAACCAAAAACCUGGAUACGGAAGUCUGGAUGGAUUCGAUAUUCUCCGAAUGAAAAACCCGAACCUGUUUCUUUUCCUCGUGAGGAGACAAUUGUAUUUGACGUAGAAACACUCUACAAGAUUUCACCCUAUCCAACAUUAGCGAUUGCCGUUUCUGACAAAGCUUGGUAUUGUUGGUGUUCUCCAUACAUUUGUGCUGAUUCCGAUGACCCCACUCACUUAAUCCCACUUGAUACGCUAACUAGAACGAGGUUGGUGAUUGGUCACAAUGUAGGCUAUGAUCGUGCAAGGGUUUUGGAGGAAUACAACUGCCAAGAAUCUAAAGCAUUUUUCUUGGAUACAAUGUCUUUACACAUUGCUACUUCUGGUAUGUGUUCCAGGCAGCGACCACAAUGGAUGCAGAAGCGAAAGGCACAGGAUUUAAAGACUGAGAAUGAAGCGGAUUUACUCUUGGAAGCAGAAGAUGAAGAGCCGUGGACGUCUCUCUCCGCUCUCAACUCCCUUCAAGAUGUUGCAUUAUUGCAUUGUGGGAUCAAAUUGGACAAAGAUAAAAGAGACUCUUUUGCUACUCGCAAUAAAAAUGACAUUAUAAAUGACUUCAAAACAAUGGCCGAUUAUUGUGCCAGAGACGUGGAAGCAACAAGUAGGGUCUUUGAUGUUGUCUUCCCAAUGUUUUUAAAAAAAUGCCCCCAUCCUGUAUCCUUUGGUGGGCUUAGGCUAUUAUCAACAUCCAUCCUUCCGACAAAACGGAAUGCGUGGAAUGAUUACAUAGCGCGGUCAGAAUCGUUAUAUCAAAGCAGCAAACAAAAUAUCGAGCAGAAAAUCCUGACUAUAGUUCAAGAUGUGGUAAAACUCAAAGACAAUCCUACAAGCGCUCGAACCGACCCAUGGCUGAACCAACUUGACUGGGAAUUGAAGCCCCUUCGUCUCACCAAAAAGGGAAUACCGGCGAGGGGUCAAAAGCUGCCAGGAUUCCCUGAGUGGUACAGACAACUCUUCCCAUCGAAAAAUACAAAACUUCCUAACAUCACGAUGAGGAAUAGGUUAAUUCCUCUUUUCUUCAAACUUUCUUGGGAAGGUGAACCUGUAGUAUGGACCUUAUCUGAUGGAUGGUGCUUUGAAGCUCCAGCUGCACGCCUUGACGAGAUGAAGGAAAAGAACUACUUUCUCGCCAAUUCUGCUGACAAUUCAAGACCUGGCUAUAAGCUCUUCAAAAUUCCACACCCCAAUGGUCCUGACUUCAACUGCACGACAUUGUUGAGUAAGCAAUAUAUCCAGUAUUUUGAAAAGGGCAUCUUGACUUCACAUUCAGACUUGGCAAAAGAAGCCUUGGGAAUUAAUUCUUCUUGCUCCUAUUGGAUUUCUGCUCGCGAACGUGUUAUGUCGCAAUUUGUUGUGUCCGCCAAUGACUUUCCACUUCAAUUCAGGGCCUUAGACGGCGACAGAGUGGGAGAUGAUAACACUAGCAUAAUUUUACCAGCUGUAAUACCUAUGGGGACGGUAACGCGUCGUUCUGUUGAGAAAACAUGGCUGACCGCAUCUAAUGCCAAAAAAACUAGAAUUGGGUCGGAAUUGAAAGCUCAAAUCAUGGCUCCACCUGGUUAUGCUUUUGUUGGCGCUGACGUUGACAGUGAAGAGCUUUGGAUUGCUUCUUUGGUGAGCGACUCUGUUUUCAAGAUCCACGGAGGCACGCCCAUUGGAUGGAUGUGUCUGGAAGGUUCAAAAAAUGAGGGAACUGACUUACAUACGAAGACAGCAAAGAUACUUCAGUGUUCACGAAAUGAAGCCAAGAUAUUUAACUACGGAAGAAUAUACGGCGCUGGAGUAAAGUUCGCCACUCGAUUGUUGAAGAAAUUCAAUCCUAAUCUCACAGACAGUGAAGCUAAAAAUAUGGCCGAGAAACUUUAUGGCUCGACCAAGGGCUUAGCUAAACACUCGAAAAACUUCAAAAAAUUUUGGUAUGGUGGUUCAGAAUCUAUUCUGUUUAAUAAGCUGGAGCACAUUGCGGAACAAGAGGCUCCUAAAACACCUGUACUGGGUGCUGGUAUAACUCAUUCUUUAAUGAAAGGAAAUUUGGGCUCAAACUCUUUUUUGCCCUCGCGCAUCAAUUGGGCCAUCCAGUCCUCGGGUGUUGACUACUUGCAUCUUCUAUGUUGUUCUAUGAAUUACUUGAUUAAGAAGUAUGGUCUUAAAGCCAGACUUUCUAUUUCGAUCCAUGACGAAAUUCGAUACUUAACCUCUGAGGACGACAAAUACAGAACCGCUUUGGCAUUGCAAAUAAGUAAUCUGUGGACGAGAGCAAUAUUUUGCGAGCAAAUGGGAAUCAAUGAGCUUCCUCAAAACUGUGCCUUCUUCUCAGCUAUUGAUAUUGAUCACGUACUAAGAAAGGAGGUUGACAUGGAUUGUAUCACGCCUUCAAAUAAGAACCCGAUACCUCAUGGUGAGAGUCUGGAUAUAACAAGGCUGCUUGCUCUCCCGGCCAGUGAGUUUAAAGCUCCGACGACUGACAUUGACCUUUCUGAGAUGCCAUAUGAGCGAAGGGAAACAGUUUUUUCAAUACAAGAUAAAAAGCACAACAAAGAUUUCUUAGACUCUUUUCUGAGGUUGCAGAUUCAGUCAGCAAAAUGGAAGGUCGAUGAAUUGGAGGUAGACUACUUGAGAAAAGUGCAUCAAACAAACCACACACAAGAUUUGUCCAACAUUGUUAUGGAUUAUGUGGAUGCUAAAGAGGCAGGCGAAUAUCACAGACCAAAGCACAAGAUUUUAGUCCCUGGCGAUUCAAGUCCGUCAGACAAUUCUGAGGGCGGCAUGGGGGACGAUGAUGCAAUGAGCCACUGCUGUAAUGAGGCUGUUACAGAUGUUCCCUAUGAGGUGGGAUACCAAAAAAGUUUGGAACUUCAGCAUCAGCUUGCUGGUAACAAAGGUGAAGAAAUUUUUCCAACACGGACUAAGGAAUUUAAAAAGAACUUUUCGGGUCGUGGUGCAGCUUAUAGAUUAUUCGAUGAAUGUAUCGACAUUUCUCGAGGUGCUGCAGAGCGCCGACAAAAAAAAUUUGUGGACGAGCGUAUCGAUAUUGACGCUAUAGUUGAAAAUGUUGUAGGCGGAAAGAAAGCGACAAAGACCAAAGCGAGACGCACGAAGACAAACCUAAGCAACACGCCUAAGAGACGGGGUUCGAAAAUUGUAUCCCAGUAUAUGCUUGAAAAAGGGAACCAACAUUUUCCACCCCCGAUGUCUGACCGUGAACCAGUAACAGAAAAAAUGUAA